CUUUACAGUGAAUGUAUCGGGUGAAAAGUUGGAAAACUUGAAAACUAAAAGAAAGUUAGCAAGUAUUCAUAUAAGUGAUUUCAUUUCCAUAAACGUAGCUAGGUACUGUUCAUUAAUUUUGUUUCGUCGCUGUCUAAAGAAGCACAUUAAGUGAUGAGGCUAACAAUAUGUUUACGCAUAAUCAGUACAAGUUUGAAAGCCACAAUGAGAAGUCACACAUAUAUUGAUUCAAUGGGUUUUCCCAGCAUUAUGGCCCGUAUCCUUGAUGGUAAAGGCCUUGCCAGUGAUAUUAAAGAAGAAUUGAAAGUUAAAAUAGAGAAUUGGGUAAGCCUAGGUAACAGAGCUCCCUCUUUACGCUGUAUUAUUGUUGGUGAUGAUCCAGCUAGCCAGACAUAUGUUAGAAACAAAAUUCAAGCAGCCUUAGCUGUGGGAAUUGCUGCAGAAACAAUCAAGUAUGAUGAGACAUUAAGUCAGGAAGAACUACUUGCAAAAAUUGAUGUACUAAAUAAGGAUGAUGCUGUGGAUGGUAUUCUGGUGCAAUUACCUUUGCCUGGUGCAAUGGACGAAAGGAAAAUUUGCAAUGCCGUGGCUCCUGAAAAGGAUGUUGAUGGAUUUCAUAUAAUAAAUGUUGGACAGCUCUGUUUAGAUAUGCCCACCAUGGUCCCUGCUACUGCCUUGGCCGUAAUUGAGAUGUUAAAACGGUUUAAAAUCGAUACAUUUGGGCGUAACGCUGUGGUUGUAGGGCGCUCAAAGAAUGUAGGAAUGCCAAUAGCUAUGAUGUUGCAUAGUGACAGAAAUCAUGACAGCGGUCUAGGUAUGGAUGCCACAGUGACUAUUUGCCACCGAUACACGCCACGUGAACAAUUAGUUACGUUUUGUAGGAACGCUGACAUUGUGAUAACUGCGACCGGUGUACCAAAACUUAUUAAAGCUGAUAUGAUAAAGCCUGGUGCUACGGUCAUAGAUGUAGGGAUUACGAGAAUUACUGAUGAACAGGGGAAGACAAAACUGGUCGGCGAUGUCGACUAUGACGAGGUUGUCAAAAUCGCUGGUGCAAUAACACCAGUGCCUGGAGGAGUGGGUCCUAUGACAGUUGCAAUGCUGAUGCAUAACACAUUACAAGCCGCACAGAGGAUCCAAGAUGCUAAGACAUUGAACUGAAAAGCCUUUUAGAGACUGCCCUCAAAUAGACAAUUAACUGCGUGUAUUUAUUGCUACUUAAUGUACUUACAGUAUCAUUGUUUUAAUCGUAUUCCGAUUAAUAAUCUUACCAAUAGUGUUGAAAAACAAUUGAAUAAUUCAUUUUUCCGUUUGGCUUCAAAUAAAAUCACAAAAACAUGGUUGUAUAGUCGAAAAUGCUAUUGUUAAGAUUGUAACCAGCAGUGCCUUAUUAGUUUUAAGGUUUGAAAGUAUUAUAUUUAUGGUGUAGGUUCGUUAUAACUGUGUGAUCCUCAGAUGAAUUCUCUAUUUACAUCACAUGUAGAAUAAGUAUUAAUUAAGAAAUAAAAAAUUGAGUAUC